ACUUUAUUUUCCCCUCGACUUCGGACAAAAUUAUAACCCGAUCGAUCCGCUUUCCCGGCCACCACCACCCGUCUGCUUAUAUUUUUCCACGUGCGACCACUUCACCGCACUCUGCGGGUCAAUUUUCAGCCGAGGCAAUGCGUGCAGAACGCAGUUUGCAGCUGAUAGAAACUUAGAUGCUGAUGUGAGGUGGAGGUUCAGCCUCAGCACCUUCACUGUUACCUCCCCCCUCCACCCACCCACCUCCACCUGCUUCCUUCUCUGCUCUCUCAUCCCUCCCCAUGCGCCCGGAUCGCUCCCCCUGCGCGCCCCUGACCAAAUCUCUUUGCUUUCUUCUUCACGCUCCACUCCUGUGAAGAAAUACCAAACCAUUUUCGGACAGCAGCAGGUCAGAGAGGAGUUCUUCUUUUUUUUUUAUCCUGGCAACUUUUUGCAGAUAACUUUUCAACUCUCUCUGUUGUAGCGCGCUACUAUAUCUAUUGCAAUUUGUUUUCCGUACGCACCGAUGUUUACAUUAUUACUCAUAAAUCCUGUCAAUGUAGAGUAGUUUGAUGCAGAGGGUGUGAAGGAUGCUCGGUCUGAUCUCCUAAAACUGCAUCAUUACCAUCACUUCUCCGCGCGCGUCGACAGGAUUCCCAUUCCAGCCCAGGAGGGAGCUGCUGGACAGAUCCAUGAAGGUGCGCCGGUGAAGGUUUCGGUGAAGUAUUCGUGCAGAUUAACAGCGGCACUCCUCCAGCAUCUGCCUCUUCUACCCGGAUCAGAGCAGACCGGGAGACGGUGAUCAGGCUUCGGCCUCAGGUGCAUCUCUGAGGCGGGGCGACGCGAAGGUCCAGGUUUUGUAGAGGCAUGGACUGCAACUGCGUCAGCGAUCUGCUGAUCCCCCCUGUGCCCGCCCUCUGGACCCCAGGUUUCGCCUUCCCAGACUGGGCCUACAAGCCAGAAUCGAGUCCAGGAUCCAGGCAGAUCCAGCUGUGGCACUUCAUCCUGGAGCUGCUACAGAAGGAGGAGUAUCAGGGCGUGAUCGCCUGGCAGGGAGAUUACGGGGAGUUUGUCAUCAAGGACCCAGAUGAGGUGGCGCGGCUGUGGGGGAUAAGAAAGUGCAAGCCUCACAUGAACUAUGACAAACUGAGCCGGGCGCUGCGGUAUUACUAUAACAAGCGCAUUUUGCACAAAACCAAAGGGAAACGGUUCACCUACAAGUUUAACUUCAGUAAAGUGGUACUGGUUAACUACCCCAUUCUGGACAUGGCAAACUCGCCCUUCUUCUUGGCCCAGAACCACUUUAACGGGGGCUCGGCUGCUCCGGACUGCAGCCCAGAGGUACGAACGGCCAUACAGUCCCUGUUUCCUCGUUUGCCAGACACUGGCAGAGGAACGUCAUUGUUCGACCGAGGAUCCACAGCACCAGGACCUGAAGGAGACAAAUUGAGACUGGACACAUUCCCUUUCCUCGGUUCAGGUGCCCCAUGCUACUCCAAACCCCCGUCCCUGCUGGGCCCUUACCCUCGCAACCCACCCUUUGACUACCCCUGGAGUUUCAACCCGUACCUCCCAGGGGCCUUCUCUCUCAAUAACUGCCCCAAACUGCCCCCCGGCUCCCUCUACCCCUCCCAGUUUUACCCCAAUCCUUUGCAGACCAGCCUUUCCCAGCUGCCUCACCCCUUCUCCUCACUACUUCCCCCAGGGGAGGCUGCCGGAGGUGAAAGGGGAGCACCAGGGCAGACUGCCGGGACAAAUGGCACAGCGGGUGGUCAGCCGGCUCGCCUCUGCCUGCCGCCCUACCCAGGUGGCCUGUCAAUGGGUCGGACUGAGAUUGGCAACGGGGCGACACUUGGGGAAAGGGAGAGGGUGGAGGCAAGCCCUCCAAGCACAGGCCUGGGUCUGGGAUUGGGGGCCGUCAGCCUUGGAGCCGGGACGGGCCAGCAGAGCCCCACAGAGAGGAGGGGCGGGGUGAAGCAGGACCCGGAAUCAGACUCCGACCUGGAGAUAACGGAUCUGAGCGACUGCAGCUCAGACAAUGAGAACGAUCAUGACUUUGGCAUUGGGAAAGAAUCCAGCCUUGUGAGCCGCUCACCCCUAGUGUUGGAUGGAAAAAAGGGGAGUCUGCUGCCUCCUAUUGCCUCACUCCCCCCACCAGUGUCUCCUCAUCCACUGAAGGGCCUGAUGCCCCUUACUCCUCCACCUCCUUCCCUGCCUCCAACGCUCUCCCCAUCCAUGGCUCUGCAUGACAGACACAGGGAGGCAGAGACUCUGAAAAUGAUCCACAGCUAAGACAUUUUCCAACCAUCCUGUCUGGCCUACGCUCUGAUAACUCUCUUCUUCUUUCCUGCUUUAGAUGAUCAAAUCUUCAUCCAUGACUGUUUUUUUUAUUUUUAUUUCCAGAUAAAAUAAGUUAUUUGCUUCUGAAACUGUUUUCUGUAUAAGCUCUUCACUUAUUACCCCACUGUCUCCCCCAGAUUAGAAUACAAUAUUUUAAACUGCUAUGGUGUCAUUUCUUUAACUUUCUAUUCUGUUUGGAUUAUUAUUAUUUUUUUUUUUGCACAAUAAAUAUGUGUAAGAACCUUUCAGUUUGCUGUCUGCAGUCAAGCUUGAAGAAGAGGGCAACAAGGUGGAAAAUUUCAGAUCUGACUGGGGAAAUA